AUGGCUUUCCGCACAUAUGAAGACCAUUCCUCCAUGGAGUUUACGCCGGAGAAUCAUGUCGCAAUCAUUGUUAUUGCGGCAGUAGUUGGAUUGGUCUGGUCGAUAUUGAUGAUUAUAAUGAGAAUAUACUUGCGAUUGCGCCUUAUUCCUCCGCUUGGUGUUGACGACGCAGUCGCUGUUUUUGGAACGAUUGCGGGCGUAGUUCAGACAUCAGUAACACUGCACGCUGUGCACAACGGCAUCGGCAAACAGGAAGACUUACUCGCGCCCGACGACAGUAUAUACAUUGCCUGGUUGCUUUACCCAAUCGCGAUCUGUUCGUCCAAAGUAUCGUUGGCAUUACUUAUAGCGCGCCUUACAGUAGUCAAGAUGGAGCUUCGCGCAAGCCAUGCGCUCGGCGGAAUAGGCGUGCUGUGGGGAGUUGUUUCUGUCAUUGUGGCAGCAACGCAGUGUAAGCUGCCGCAGCCAUGGAAUAUUGGGGCGUCCCAUCAAUGCGAUAGCAUGUUCGUCCGAUGGACUGUUGUUGAGGCAGGAAAUAUGUUGAUCGAGCUGCUAAUCCCCGGCCUCAUCAUUAUGGUGCUUUGGAAUCUUCAGGCACGAUUAAAGGCAAAGCUUACAGUCCUGUUGGCCUUUUCAGUGCAACUUCUUGUUGCAAUCCCAACAAUCUUCCGAUUAUUACUCCUCCAGGAAAUGACAACAGAAGACAUUCGUAGUGACCGGACUUUCGCAUUGACUAAUACGGUAGUGCUCACUGAAAUCACGAUGCACUUUUCCCUCAUGGCUGCUACCUUUCCAUGUCUUCGCAAAUUCCUGCAGGCGUUUGAUACCCAUCUAGGCGCAACUACACAUAUGACUACUGACCUUGAUGACACAGACAACACUGGUUCAAAGGGAAGUUAUGUGCUGAGGUCCUUAGAACACCCCUCUCAGGGAACAGGUAGCAGCUUCGAGCAGUGGCCUCGACAUAGUCGCCGACCCGGUCGGAAAUAUCAACCACAUACCGUGACAACUAUUUCAGCGGGCAGCGAUUCGAAUCCUCAGGCACAUGGGGCUGAUGGAGGGAAAAAGGAACACAUGGGCAAUCAGGAUAUAGAAAGUGGGAGUGUAGAAAGCGACGAUAGCCAAUUUGCCAUGAUCAGGCGGACGCAACAUUGGGAGGUUACGAUAGAGUCGAGAGGAAAGUGA